ACAUAGUCGGUUGUGCUUCUGUUUCUAUUCUCAUUACUACUCUCUGCUGCAGCAGCGUGCGGGUGUUAGUAGGAGUACUAGUACUCAUUUACAUUUCCAUUUUAUUUUUCUCUCUUUCGCCGAUUCGGUUAUGGUAAUGAUGGAUCUCAACAAGGAAUGGGUGUGUGAGGAAUUGAGUGAGAGCAAGAAGUGUUGUAGUGAUUGCAAGACCACCAAGACUCCGCUGUGGAGAGGAGGACCUGCUGGUCCCAAGAGUCUUUGCAACGCGUGCGGAAUAAGGUACCGGAAGAGAAGGGCUUCAGCGGUGGGAAUGCGAAAAGGACAAGAGAGGAAGAGAGAGAGAUCACAAAAUGGCGGUAGCAGCAGCUCCUCUGAUAACGAGUUGAAGGAGUCGUUGAAAGUGAAUUUGAUGGCGUUGGGUGAGGAGUUUUGGUUGCUAAAGAAGAAACAGAGGAGUAUGUGUUUGUUGGGGGAAGAGGAACAAGCCGCUGUGUGUUUAAUGGCACUCUCUUGUGGCUAUGUUUUUGCUUAAUUAAGGAGACUAUUUUUCUAUUAGCUAUAACUCCCCCAACCCUUAAUCAACUCUUAUACUUUUGGAGCAUUCUAAUUUGUAGAGUGACGUACCCUGUGUUUAUGGAAAGAAGGGUAUCUCGCAAUGUUUCUAAUGCUUGUUAUAGUUUAGUUAGGAGGGGGAGCAUCCUUCCGCCUAAAGGGUCUGGGUGUUAGUCGUUCAUUUUGUUAUGGUGAUACGUUCCGUUAGUUAUUGAUGUAAAUGUUAGAAGAAAAUGGAAAUAUACGGUAGUUAUAUUAAA